GGGACCCGUUACGGGGAGGCACCGGCCGCAGAACCCGGAACCGCCUCCCCGGCUGAGCUGCCGCUGCGCGGCUCCAGCCGCUGCCACCGGCCACGGUGAGGGGCGGACCUGUGGGGCGGGCGACGGCGGCGGCAUAUGACGGGCUGUGCCGGGCCGGUCCCCCGCCAACUGCCUGGCUGGGAACAGCCGGGCCCCAAGCCCCGCGGCUGCCGCCGCUUGUGGUUCCCUCUGGCCUGUGUCGCGAGGGCCGGCGCUGACCAGCUCUCCCUUUCCUCCCCCAGCGCUUGGCCGCGGCCGCGGCUCUGCCAGGAUGCUGGAGUCCUACGUGACCCCCAUCUUAAUGAGUUACGUGAAUCGCUACAUUAAGAACCUGAAGCCCUCGGACCUGCAGCUGUCGCUAUGGGGAGGAGACGUGGUCCUGAGCAAGCUGGAGCUGAAGCUGGACGUCCUGGAGCAGGAGUUGAAGCUACCAUUUACUUUUUUAAGUGGACACAUUCAUGAGUUAAGAAUUCAUGUACCAUGGACAAAACUAGGCUCGGAACCAGUUGUCAUCACUAUCAAUACAAUGGAGUGCAUCUUGAAAUUAAAAGAUGGAGCCCAGGAAGACCAUGAGAGCUGCGGUUCCAGUUCAAACCGUAGUACCACAGAGAGUGCAAAAUCAAUGGUAAAACCACGCCGAGUCCAGCAAGCUUCUCCUUCUGACCCUGAUUUACCACCAGGUUAUGUGCAGAGUUUAAUUAGGCGUGUUGUAAACAAUGUCAACAUUGUGAUCAACAAUCUCAUAUUAAAGUAUGUGGAGGAUGAUAUUGUUCUCUCGGUGAAUAUAACUUCUGCAGAAUGCUAUACAGUGGACGAAUUUUGGGAUAGAGCAUUUAUGGACAUCUCUGCAACUGAUCUAGUGCUGAGGAAGGUGAUUAAUUUUUCUGACUGCACAGUAUGUCUUGAUAAGAGAAAUGCUAGUGGCAAAAUUGAAUUUUACCAGGACCCUCUGCUUUACAAGUGUUCCUUCAAGACUCGCUUGCAUUUUACUUAUGAUAACCUUAAUUCAAAGAUGCCAUCUGUUAUUAAAAUUCACACCUUAGUUGAAAGUUUGAAGCUUUCCAUCACUGAUCAGCAGCUUCCUAUGUUCAUACGCAUAAUGCAGCUUGGGAUUGCUCUUUACUAUGGAGAAAUAGGAAGUUUUAAAGACGGAGAAAAUGAAGAUUUGGUUUGUCACACUAAAGAUAUAUUGGGAAACAUCUCAGGUGCAGAAGAUGAAACAGGCUCAACGUUACAAUAUCCUACGCAGUAUAUUAACCAAGAACCCUACAUGCAUAAUCAAGAUGAUGAUGAGCAGCAGGGAUGGUUUUCAUGGGCCUGGUCACUUGUUCCUGCUAUUGUGAGCUAUGAUGGAGAGGAUGGGUCUAUUGGAAUGGAUGAUGGAACAACAUUGCAUCAGCAGAAAUUCCAGGCUCUCAAGGAUCCUAUUGUUUCUGUUGGGUUUUACUGUACAAAAGCAACUGUAACUUUCAAACUCACUGAAAUGCAAGCUGAAAGUAGUUAUUAUAGUCCUCAGAAAGUAAAAUCCAAAGAAGUUAUACGAUGGGAGCAAGAAGGAACCACAGUUGAGGUUCUUAUGAUGGGUGAACCUUUCUUUGAUUGCCAAAUAGGUUUUGUCAGUUGCCAGGCUCUGUGCCUUAAAGGAAUUAUGGGAAUUAAAGACUUUGAAGAAAAUAUUAAUAGAAGUGAUGCAGAGGCCUACUUUUUCACUUGUGGAGAAAAUCUGAGCACAAAAGGAAUGACAUACCUUACUAAUUCACUAUUUGAUUACAGAAGUCCAGAAAACAAUGGUAUACGUGCAGAAUUUAUUUUGGAUGCAGCUCAUCAUAAGGAGACAUACACGGAGAUAGCUGGAAUGCAGAGGUUUGGAGCUUUCUAUAUGGAUUACUUGUAUACAAUGGAAAGCACCAGUGGCAAAGUUUCUGGAAAUCAGCAAGACCUUUCUUCAGCAAAAAGUGAAGAUUUUGGAAAUGUACAGGAAAUGUCUACAAAAACCCUCAUUGUGGGUCCACUUAAUCUUCGUUUGGAUAGCAGUGCAGUGCAUCGGAUUAUGAAAAUGAUAGUUUGUGCUCUGGAACAUGAAUAUGAGCCAUAUAGCAAGGCUAAAUCAGAUAUUGUAGAUGGAAAUCGAACUAUGCCAGAUUCAGAACUAGCAUCUUUGGAGGAAUACAUUCCCACUCGACUCACAAGCUUUACUAUACUUAAAUGCACCAUUACAAUCCCAAUGGCUGAAUUCAAUUUACUGGACCACUUGCUGCCUAUAAUCAUGGGUCAAAAGAAUUCAAGUGGUUUGUUAAACGUUACAAGCUUCCAGCCUGUACGGCCUUUGCCUUCUAUUAGAAUUUUGGUGGACAAAAUUAACCUGGAACAUUCUGUGCCAAUGUAUGCUGAACAACUUGUGCAAACAGUCAGCAACCUUAGCCAACCUUCUGAUAACCUGCUUCAUUACUGUAAUGCACACUGCUACCUUAAGAUAUUUGGCUUUCAGGCAGGACUAACCUCUUUGGAUAUCAGAGGAUCAUACUGCUCACCUGCUCCAGUUAUCCCCUCUUUCAGUACUGCUUUUUAUGGGAAGCUGCUUAAAUAUCCCAGAUCCUGGACCAAGAGAUCUCAUGUUCCUCUGACUGAAUGCAUAUUUGAGCUUCCUAAUCUGACUGUUCAAGCAACAAGAGCUCAGACCCUUCUGCUUCAAACUAUUUAUCAGAGUUGGUUUCAUCAUCUUGGGAAUGUCAGUUCUACAGCAGUAAAUGAGACUUUGCUGAAUGAAGUCUUCCAAACUUUAGGUGUGAAAUCUAAGAAUCCCCUGCCAACUCUUGAGGGCUCAAUCCAGAAUGUUGAACUGAAGUACUGCAGCACAUCAUUGGUCAAAUGUGCCUCUGGGACCGUGGGAUCAAUAAAAAUUUGUGCCAAAGCCCCAGGUGAUGGUGGAAAAGAGAAGCUGAUUCCUUUAAUUCAAGGCCCUUCAGACACACGAGACCUACACAGCAGCAAAUGGCUCAAUGAAAGUAGAAAGCCAGAAUCUCUGUUAGGUCCAGAUUUGGUAGCCUUUACAAUCCAAAUUCCACAGUGUAUGGACUACUGCCAUAAUUCUGGUGCAGUACUUUUGACCAGUGUGCAAGGAUUAGCUGUCAAUAUUGAUCCUGUCCUAUAUACGUGGCUUACCUAUCAACCUCAAAAACGAAGUAGUAGACACAUUCAACAGCAGCCUGUAGGAACUGUUCCUCUGGGUUUGCCAGUAACGAGGAAAAAAGAGGAUGAGGUGUCAGUUGGAAGUGCACCUAUGGCAAAACAACAGUCAAAUCAAGCCUCUGAGUAUGCCAGCAGCCCUGUCAAAACAAAAACUGUAACAGAAUCUCGGCCUUUAUCACUUCCAGUGAAAGCCAUGCAGAACUCAACUGAAAGCUGCAGGAGUCCUGAGGAGAGAAUGAAAGAAUUUAUUGGGAUAGUAUGGGAUGCAGUUAAGUGCCUUACACUUCAGCUUGAAGUACAGUCUUGUUGUGUGUUCAUUCCAAAUGACAGCCUGCAUUCUCCAAGUACAAUUGUAUCUGGUGACAUUCCAGGAACUGUCCGAAGUUGGUACCAUGGGCAGGCUAGUAUGCCUGGUACACUUGUUGUUUGUUUGCCCCGGAUAAAGAUUAUGAGUGCUGGACACAAAUACAUGGAGCCACUGCAAGAGAUACCUUUUGUUGUACUAAGACCUAUUCUGGAAGAAGGAGAUGCUUUCCCUUGGACUAUUAGCCUGCAUCAUUUCAGUGUAUAUACUCUUCUUGGACAACAAAUGACACUUAAUUUAGUGGAACCCAUGGGCUGCACGUCUACACUCGCUGUCACUUCACAAAAACUGGUUGCUUCAGGGUCAGAAUACAGACACUCGUUUGUUGUCUGCCUCCACGUCGACCUUGAGUCACUUGAAAUAAAAUGCUCAAACCCCCAGGUUCAGCUGCUAUAUGAAUUGGCAGAUAUCAUGGGUAAAGUCUGGACUAAGAUGCAGAAGAGAGGUAUUCUGUAUCAGUCAUCCAUUUAUGUGGAGUCUGUGGCAGGGCCUGCUCCUCCUAGUUCUCCAGUUAAAAGUAGCGUUGGUACCGCUCCACCAGAUAUCAGCACAUAUAGCCCAUCUGCUGACCUCGGGACCACAACAGAGGGUGAUUCUGUACCAGGUGGAGAUGAUUCUCCAUUCUCAGACUCAGUUACCUUGGAGCAAACAACAAGUAACAUUGGAAUAUCAAGUGGACGUGUAAGCCUAUGGAUGCAGUGGAUGUUGCCAAAACUUACUAUAAAAUUGUUUGCACCAGAUCCUGGAAACACAGGCACAGAAGUUUGUGUUGUCAGUGAACUAGAAGAUCUCAGCGCCUCAGUAGAUAUGCAGGAUGUGUAUACCAAAGUCAAAUGUAAAAUUGAAAGCUUCAACAUUGACCACUACAGGAACAGCCUCGGGGAAGACUGUUGGUCUCUGGGGCAAUAUGGAGGUGUAUUCCUUUCCUGUACUGACAAGCUGAACAGACGUACCUUGCUGGUUCGACCCGUCAGCAAGCAGGACCCUUUCAGUAAUUUCUCUGGCUUCUUUCCUUCUACAACUUCAAAACUUUUAGAUGGCUCACACCAACAACAUGGAUUCCUCUCUCUCACUUAUACAAAGGCUGUGACAAAAAAUGUCCGGCACAAGUUGAUAUCAAGAAAUGAACGAAGAACUUUUCAUAAGUUAUCUGAAGGUCUCUCUGAUGGUUCUCCUCAUUUUCUUCAUGAGAUCCUUCUUUCUGCUCAGGCAUUUGAUGUUGUCCUCUGUUUCCCUUUGCUCAAUGCAAUUGCAAAUAUAUUUCAAGCAAGGCUACCAAGAAGUCAAAAGGAGAAAAGAAAAUCACCUGGCCAGCCUAUGAGAAGUCACACUUUAACAUCUCGCAACUUACCUUUGAUUUAUAUCAACACAGGUGUAAUCCGAGUCUUCUUUCCCAAAACUGAGGAAAUACAACACACAGGAGCUGUAGCCAAUCAAGCAAUAAAAGAAGACACUUUAGUUCUCAAGAUUGGCUCAGUCUCUAUGGCUCCCCAGGCUGACAACCCUCUUAGCAGAGCUGUUCUCCGAAAAGACAUUUACCAGAGAGCAUUGAAUUUAGGAAUACUUCGAGAUCCUGGAUCAGAGGUUGAAGACCGACAAUACCAAAUAGAUCUCCAGUCUAUCAACAUAGGUACUGCACAGUGGCAUCAGCUGAAACCAGAGAAAGAAAAUAGUAAAGGAGGGGUCCUGACAGAGAAUGAAAGAAAUUCUCAGAACCCAGCACUUGAAUGGAACAUGGCCAGUAGCAUAAAGCGACAUCAAGAACGAAGAGCAAUUUUGACUCCGAUUUUAACAGAUUUCACAGUUCGAAUAACUGCUGCUCCUGCGAUUAUUUUCACAAAAGUAAUUGCACCAGAGAAUUUGCACACAGAGGAGAUUUUAGUGUGCGGCCAUUCUUUAGAGGUGAAUGUGACCACAAACCUGGAUUUCUUCCUCAGUGUGGCUCAAGUACAACUUCUGCAACAAAUAAUACAAGCUAAUAUGGUUGGAUUAGAAACUUCCAGCAAAGCCAUUGAGGUUUCCAAACAAGAGCAGAAAAAAAUGGACAUCUCUGAUGGAGGAACAGUUGAAACUUCUUCACGUUAUAGUGGAGCGCAAGACAGUGGCAUUGGCAGUGACAGCGUUAAAAUCAGAAUAGUUCAAAUAGAACAACAUAGUGGCACCAGCCAACAUCGCAUUGCCCAACCUUCCCGCCAGUCUUCCAUUGUGAAGAACCUGAACUUCAUUCCCUUUGACAUUUUUAUUACUGCAAGUCGGAUAUCUGUGAUGACUUACUUGUGUACUGCUUUACUGAAGCCUAAAUCAACGCAAGAUCAGAAAGAUGGUGAUCAAGUAGGUAAAAGCUCAUUAAACCUUUCAGAAACAGAUUCAAGUAUUGGUCAAGAGACUGAGAAACCCAGUCAGUCAUGUAUUUCAUCAGUCACCGCAGAUGAUCUCUUGAACAGUAAUGUUUCUUUGCCCACUGGAAGAAAGACUGGUCUACUGUCACUGGAAAGUCUUCACGCUUCCACACGGUCAUCUGCUCGACAAGCCCUUGGUAUAACUAUCGUUCGACAACCUGGUCGCAGAGGAAUUGGAGACACACAAUUAGAACCCUUUUUGUACCUUGUUGUAUCACAGCCUUCUAUACUUUUGAGUUGUCACCACAGAAAACAGAGGGUGGAAAUUUCGGUGUUUGAUGCUGCACUUAAAGGAGUAGCCUCUGACUACAAGUAUACAGAUCCUGGAAAAACUCUUCCAGAAGCUCUUGAUUAUUGCAAGGUUUGGUUGCAGACAGUAGCCGGAGAGAUAGAUGCUAAAAGUGGUAUUCCACCUCCUUUCAUCACAGUGCAAAUUAAAGACUUUCUCAAUGGGCCAGCUGACAUCAAUGUGGAUGUAUCAAAGCCAUUGAAAGCAAACUUGAGCUUUGUCAAACUUGAUCAAAUAAAUAAUUUUCUAGAAAAAAUCAUGAAUCCAAAUGAUAAUGAGACCAGCAAAGAGACUUCUGUAUCAACCGAUGCUAUUCCAAGCAAAGAUGACACAUCGGCACGCAGCUUGUCCUAUAUAAAGGAUCCUCUCCCUGUAGUACAUGCUGAUGAAGGGCAAAAGGUUUUUGUCCAAGAAAAGUUGUGGGGAGCUGUUUCCUGCUUUCAAAAAAUUUCCAUUCAUACUGUUCAAUUGGUUGUUUCUCUGGAGACCGUUCCACACCCUAAUCAACCUUGCCUGUCAGCAUCUUUAUCAAACCUCAGUGGAAGCCUGUGCAUCAAAGCUGGGCAUAAAACUCCAGGUGUAAUUCAUGGAUCAUCCUUUGUACUUGAUAUAGAUGAUUUUCUUCUUAAAACCAGUCUCAAGGAAAGGAGCAGAACUCUCAUAGGUCCUUUCAGCUGUUCGGCCAAUGUAGAAGCCAAGUGGUGUAAGCACAGUGGCAAUCCAGGGCCAGAGCACACCAUUCCAAAAUUCCAUGUUGACUUGAGAGGAGGUCUGAUACAGGUUUUCUGGGGUCAAGAACAUUUGAAUUGUUUAGUUCUUCUCCAUGAACUUCUGCAAGGAUACCUGACUAAAGAGGGCAGAAUGGAGACAUUGACUUCAUGUCAAACAUACCAGACUUACUCUCCUGCAGAGAGAAAUCAGGUCUCAAAAACUGAGCAUACCUCUGAUGAUCUGAGAACUGGCCUGUUCCAGUACAUACAAGAUGAAGAAGCACAGAAACUGCCUGGUGCCUAUGAAGUUGUGUUUUACAAUGAAACUGAGGAUAGUCCAGGAAUGAUGUUAUGGAGAUAUCCAGAACCCAGAGUACUCACCCUUGUAAGAAUAAAUCCUGUUCCUUUUAAUACCACUGAAGACCCAGAUAUUAGCACAGCAGACCUUGGAGAUGUUCUUCAGAUUCCUUGUAGCCUGGAGUACUGGGAUGAUCUCCAGAAAUCAUUUGUUGCAUUCCGAGAAUUCAGUCUAUCAGAAAGCAAAGUUUGUGAACUACAGCUGCCUAGUAUCAACCUUGUGAAUGAUCAGAAAGAGCUUGUAGCUUCAGACCUUUGGAGGAUUAUCCUGAACAGCAGCCAGAACACAGCUGAUGACCAAAGCUCAGAAAGUGAAUCUGGCUCACAAAGUGCAUGUGAUCAGCUUGUAACUCCUACAGCAUUAGCAGCCUGUACCCGGGUCGACUCCUGUUUUACUCCUUGGUUUGUGCCUUCACUUAGUGUUUUGAUCCAGUUUGCUCAUUUGGAACUCCAUCUCUGCCAUCAUCUUGAUCAACUGGGCACAGCACCACCACCGUUUCUUCAACCAUUUAUCUCUGACAGAAAUGUGCCCUCUGAACUAGAAUAUAUGAUCAUUUCCUUCAGAGAACCACAUGCUUAUCUUCGACAGUGGAGCGAUGAAUCAGUCUUCCAGGAGAUCCAGUUCUCAACUCAGGGUGACUGUAAACUUCUGGAGUGCCGAAAUGUAACUCUGCAGAGUGUCGUGAAACCUUUCAAAAUCUGGGGGCAGAUUGCUGUUUCUAGCAGAACACCAGAAAAAUUGCUGGACUGCUUGGUGAUGGUGGACCCCAUAUUCAUAAACUUUGGGCAGUAUGCAGUUCAUUCUCUAAGUACAGCACUUCAAGCGUGGCAGCAGAACCAAUGCCCUGAGGCAGAGGAGUUGGUCUUCAGCCAUAUUGUGAUCUGUAAUGACACACAGGAGACACUGCGGUUUGGCCAGGUGGAUACUGAUGAAAAUAUUUUGCUGGCUAGUCUCCACAGUCACCAGUACAGCUGGCGCUCUCACAAGUCCCCACAGCUGUUGCACAUCUGCAUUGAAGGCUGGGGAAACUGGCGGUGGUCUGAACCAUUCUGUGUGGACAAUGCAGGGACCUUUAUCAGAACCAUUCAGUACAAGGGCAGGACAGCUUCACUCAUCAUCAAGGUUCAGCAGCUCAGUGGAGUGCAGAAACAAAUCAUAAUCUGUGGAAGACAAAUAGUCUGUAGUUACCUGUCUGAAAGCAUUGAACUUAAAAUGGUUCAGCACUACAUUGGUCAGGAUGGACAAGCAGUUGUUAAAGAACAUAUUGACUGCCUUGCAGCCAAACAGAAGCUACCUUCCUACAUUUUAGAAAACAGUGAGCUGACAGAGUUAAGUGUGAAAGCUAAAGGAGAUGAAGACUGGUCAAGAGAUGUAUGUCUUGGUUCUAAACAAACAGAACAUAGCAUUGUUAUCCAGGUGCCAUCUUCAAGCAGUUCAAUUAUUCAUGUGUGGUGCACAAUUUUGACUUCAGAGCCUAAUUCUCAAGUACAGCAACGAAUAAUUGUUUUCAGUCCUCUUUUUAUCAUGAGGAGCCAUCUUCCAGACCCUAUUAUCAUACAUUUGGAGAAAAGAAGUCUGGGCUUGAGUGAAAUGCAAAUAAUUCCAGGAAAAGGACAGGAAAAAUCACUGCAGAAUAUAGAACCUGAUCUUACUCAUCAUCUCACAUUUCAGGCUAGGGAAGAGGAUGAUCCAUCAGAAUGUGCAGUCCCCAUCUCAACAACACUUAUCAAACAGAUAGCCACUAAAUCCCAUACAGGAGGCAAUGUGAAUCAAAUUCUUUCUGAAUUCUAUGGAGCAGAUAGCACUGCCCAGCUUGCUUGGCCAUAUAAUAGAAAAGAUUCAGAGAGUAAUGAACAGCUCACUCAGUGGGAUAGCCCAAUGCGGGUGAAACUAUCCGUGUGGAAGCCAUGUGUUAAAACUUUGCUGAUAGAACUCCUGCCAUGGGCUCUGCUUAUAAACCAGUCCAAGUGGGACCUCUGGCUAUUUGAAGGAGAGAAGAUAGUCCUACAGAUACCUGCUGGGAAAAUAAUUAUACCUCCAAACUUCCAGGAAGCUUUUCAAAUUGGGAUCUACUGGGCAAGCACAAACACUGUGCACAAGUCAGUGGCAAUCAAACUCGUCCAUAACAUGACCUCUCCAAAAUGGAAAGAUACAGAAAAUGGAGAAGUGGUAACACUGGAUGAAGAAGGAUUUGUUGAAGCUGAAAUAAAACUUGGUGCCUUCCCAGGUCAUCAAAAGUUGUGUGAAUUCUGCAUUUCUUCUCUGGUUCAGCAUAGUAUUCAAAUUCUACAGAUUGAAGACAAGACAACCAUAAUUAAUAAUACAUCGUACCAGUUCUAUUAUAGACCACAGAUUUCUGUUUCAAGGCCUCGGUCAGGAGAGGAGUAUAUAAACAUACCAGACACUAGUGCAUUCAACAUUUACCCAGCUGGGGAACCACCCAAUGAAAAAUUAAGCUCUGUUUCUUGCUGGGACUUCAUGUCUGACAUUAGUCAGUCUACUCCAGAAGUGUCCUCUAUUCAAAAGCAUAUAUUGCUAAGUUUCAGUCCAGGUGUGUGUGCUGACAGUUCUCAGUGUUGGAGCCUGCCAGCUGUCAUUAGACAAGAGAUUCCUAGACAGUGUGUGGCAGUACCCAUUGGAAGUUGUAAUGAAAGUGGAUUUUGUACCAGGGCUAUAGCACUGACUUAUCAAGAGCAUCUAGGGGUGACAUACCUAACUCUUACGGAAGACCCUAGUCCACGCAUAAUUAUCCACAACAGGUGCUCUGUCCCAUUGCUUAUGAAGGAGAAUAUCAAAGACACUCCAAAGUUUGAAGUUUAUUGCAGCAAGAUUCCAGCUGAAUGUUCAGUUCAUCAUGAGCUUUAUCAUCAAGUUUCUAACUACCCAGAUUGCAAAAACAAAGAUUUGCUACCUAGUGUUCUUCUGAAAGUGAUAUCACCAGAUGAGUUAAUGACUGAGUGGAGUGAUGUUAUAGACAUUAAUAAUCAAGGCACACAGAUUGUGUUCUUAACUGGCUUUGGUUAUGUUUAUGUGGACAUUACUCAUCACUGUGGAACAAUAAUAAUAACUUUGGCACCAGAAGGAAAAGCAGGACCUGUCCAGAUCAACUUGAACAGAACGCAGGAGCAGACCAUCAUAUUUAAAAUAUUCAUCAGCCAGUCAAGCCUUGCAGUGUUGGAUGAUAUCACAAAUCAUAAAACUUCAUGUGAAAUUCUGAGACUCACAGUGGACCACAUUUUCCUUAACGUGGCACCAGUAGCCGGUUACCUGAGACCCCUGUCUCAUGAAUUUUCAAGGGACACCAUUGAGGGCCUUCCCCAAUUUUAUAGUUUCCAGAUAUAUUGUGGAGACUUGCAACUGGACAAUCAGCUGUAUAACAGAUCCAAUUUCCACUUUGCCGUCCUGCUGUGCCAGGGAGAGAAAAAUGAAACCAUGCAGUGGUCCAAAGUGAACAACCUCAUCAUGUCCAACAAAGAUUUGGAAGAGUAUAAGGAAAAUUGCUUCAUAAAACUUUACAUUGCUUUGUCAGAAGAGCAGAAUUUCUUGUUUCACGUUAAUGACCUCAGUUUCGAAUUGAAACCAGCAAGGCUAUAUGUGGAAGAUACAUUUGUUUAUUACAUUAAGACUUUAUUUGAUACCUAUCUUCCAGGCAGCAAAGUGGUUUCUUGUUCAAUGAAAAUUUCAAAUGUUACCCAGAUACUGCCUGAGCAAGUGAGACAGCAUGCAAAAGCUUUAGUCAAUCCAGUUAAGCUAAGGAAAUUAACAAUACAACCUGUUAACCUUUUGGUCAGUAUCCAUGCUUCGUUAAAAUUGUAUAUAGCCUCAGAUCAUACCCCUCUCUCCUUCUCUGUGUUUGAACGAGGACCUAUCUUCACUACUGCCAGACAGCUCGUCCAUGCGUUGGCCAUGCAUUAUGCUGCUGGGGCACUAUUCAGAGCAGGCUGGGUUGUCGGAUCUUUGGAAAUCCUGGGAAGUCCAGCUAGCUUGGUGAGAAGUAUAGGGAAUGGCAUAGCUGACUUCUUUAGGCUUCCUUAUGAAGGCCUGACCCGAGGCCCUGGAGCAUUUGUGAGUGGAGUUUCAAGAGGAACAACGUCAUUUGUAAAACACAUUUCCAAAGGUACGCUGACAUCAAUUACCAAUCUGGCAACAAGUCUUGCACGGAAUAUGGAUCGGCUGUCUCUGGAUGAGGAGCAUUACAACCGACAAGAAGAAUGGAGAAGGCAGCUUCCAGAGAAUCUGGGAGAAGGACUGAGGCAGGGGUUGUCCCGGUUAGGCAUCAGCCUUCUAGGUGCAAUCGCUGGUAUUGUAGAUCAGCCAAUGCAGAAUUUUCAGAAAAUAUCUGAGGCCCAAGCUUCAGCAGGGCACAAAGCCAAAGGUGUUAUCUCUGGUGUAGGAAAAGGAAUUAUGGGAGUAUUUACAAAACCAAUUGGAGGAGCAGCUGAACUUGUCUCCCAGACUGGUUAUGGUAUUUUGCAUGGAGCUGGACUUUCUCAGCUUCCCAAACAACGCUAUCAUCCAAGUGAUCAACACAUUGAGCAGGCUCCAAAUAGCCACGUCAAAUAUGUCUGGAAAAUGCUUCAGUCUCUAGGAAGGCCAGAGGUCCACAUGGCAUUGGAUGUAGUCAUUGUGAGUGGAUCAGGCCAGGAGCAUGAAGGAUGCUUGCUGCUUACGUCGGAGGUGCUAUUUGUGGUCAGUGUCAGUGAAGACACACAACAACAGGCAUUUCCUGUGACAGAAAUUGAGUGUGUAGAAGACAGUCAACAAGAAAAUCUGCUGAAAGUGCAACUCAAACAACAAAGAGUACCUUAUGAUUCAGAGGCAGAUGGGGUGAGAGAGAGACUCUCUGAACAACAAUACAACCGACUUGUGGAGUACGUCACAAAGACAUCCUACCAUGUUGCUCCAAGCACCUCUUCUGUGCAGAUAUCACCAGUAGCAGCUGCUGAGCCUCUUCCAAGUACCAUUAAGACAUAUCAAUAUGUAGUUGAUCCAAAUUUUGCCCAGGUGUUCAUUAGCAAAUUCACCAUGGUCAAAAAUAAAGCUUUGCGGAAGGGAUUUAAUUAGAAAUGACUUGUCAGGAAUAAUUCUGCAUUGCUAUUUUAAGAGUAAUGCUUUCUAUGCAGUAAACUAAUAUGAACUUUUUUUUAAAUUACACAUCACAUAAAAGAUGUUUGAGUUUUGUGGGGUUGUGGGUGGUAAGCAAUUUAAAAGCCAACCUAAUGACUUUUCUGAUCUAACUACACAGAAAGCUUUGGGAUAGCUGCUGUAUCGCUAGUCAAUAAGUUAGUACUGGAAGGAAAGCAAAACAAAGCUGAUGCAUUAACUAAACAUCCUAGCAGACGGAUAAUUCCAAUAAAAGGAAUGUAACUUAAUGAAACUCCUUUGUCCUUCUGCUAACUGAAAAUCAGAGGAAGGACAAGGGAAAUCCUAUGCACCAAGAACAUUUUGCCCCACACAAAAAAUGAAUAAUAUCCAUACUCCCUAUAUCAUAUUUUAGGGUCUGCCAGUUUCUGUUAUAAACCAGGUUUAAAACUCAGCUGUAAAAACUUGCUCAAGGCAGAGACUUUUUUCCCCCCGUCCCCGCCAGCGUCUAGGUCCUGAAGCAAAACAUUUCCCCCCACUAAAUCUGAAAGACCUGAUGUGGCUGUUUUAAGUUACUAGUGACAGCUGGGUUUUAGCACCACUCUAACCUUAAAAUAGCUUCCUUUAUUUGACUGAAAUUUUGCAGGACAUUAGUCCUUAAUGUAAACGAGUGCCUUUGUGUGGUUUGGGGAAUAAAAUGGGAACUACAAUGUGAAUUUAUUUUUAAAACUGUCUGUAUACAGAAACCUUCCAUCACCAAGUUUUCCUAGGAAUUUCCCAUAUAUAUGCCAUUGUACAUUGUCUGGCAAGAUGUAGUUACACAAGAAAGACAUGAGCAGUUUUCAUUUUGGAACCAGUAACAUACUUUUGAAAAGAUUUUAGGAGCAGUGUUUAUUCUUAUUAAAAAGUAUACCAAAAAUACAUGAGUGUGUUGCACCUUUAAACCCAAGUGCUAAACUUCACCCUUACCUCACCUUGGUGGUCCUCACUGUUCCUGGGUUCCCCAAUCAGUGCAAAUGGUACCUCCCCUCACUUAAGCCAUCUGCAAUUCAUCUCAUGCUUGUCGCCCGGAAAUUCAGAAUCAAGACAGUGAAGUCGUUUAUUCAACCAGACCAUUCAGCUAUAUUUGUGCACAGAAAUACCCGUUUUUGGGCUGUUGAACACUUGGGAGUUUCUUGGACUGAGUCUCAUGGCACAUAACUGUGAAAAGAGUAUGAAGGUAGAGUUGACUCAAAGCUGCCAUUGGUAAAGCCUGGGGGUGGCAGUAGCAACUUUGCUGGAUGUAGGUUUCCCUUGGCCUCUAGUACUGCCAUUGCAUUAUCUGUGGCAUCAGUCUUAGGUGCUACUUCUAACAAAUAGUGCAGACAAAAACAUUUCAGACAAAAAUAUGCUUUUUAAGUUAAGAGUGUCCAUUAAGCCAUUUUUUAAAAUUGGUUUUACAUUUUGUAUUUGCCAAGUAUUGCUCUUACCGAAGAGCAGCUUGAUUGCUUUGCAAAGCCAAUGGGGCAGCUUUCAUUUUCAGUGGUAAAAAUGCAUCUGAUCAGUUUCUUGGGUUAUGUGAGCUUCUGCUUUAAACUGUGCCUGUAUCUUUUCUCCUCCUGCCUAUGUAUUUAUUGUUUGGGGGUUCCUGAACACAACCAGAGAUUGAGGAAAGGUAACAACUGGAAUCAGAUUAUUCAUUACCUUUAAUAUUCAGUAAAAACAAGUUAUUUACUGCUGUUAAUCUCUGUUGCCUAUGCAUAACUAGUGUGACCAAAUGCAGUAAAAUAAGAAUGUACUAACUGCAGUGUGUUUUUCCUGAAUUCUGCUUUUGGAAGCCAUGUUUCCUGUGUAUUGAUAAUACAGACGACAGAUUUGAACUGAACUGUCCUUGAUGAAUGUGAAAUGAGUCCGUCCAUUCUUAAUGUAACAUUUCGUGAAGAGAUCUAAUACCUUGGUCACUGUUUAAGUAACGUUAUUUGAAGUGUAAAUAUAAAUUCUUCAUUCCUGAAUAUUUUAUGGAAAAUAGUUUACUAUUGUUAAUUUUACAGCCUGAUGCAUAAAUUGUAAUAUAACAAGAUUAUAUAAAAAGAAUAAAGCUAUUCCUACAAUA